GAUGCAAGGUCAAAGAGUAAUAGUCAAUCGAGACAUUGAAACACUGCAGCACUUAGAGGAAUCCUAUCCCAGAAUAGAGAGAAAGAAAAAAUUCCAAGAGAUCGUUGAUUAUACAAAAAAGCAAUGUUGUUGCAGUAGAGGAAAGGCUAUUGAUAAAACUUUAUCUUUCUUUCCUUUCAUAUAUCUACUACGUGGAUAUUCUUUGAAGUCAGACUUAAUAAUGGAUAUAAUUGCUGGUUUAAAUAUCGGUACUGUGCACAUUUCACAAGGUUUGGGUUUUGCCCUUUUGACAUCAGUUCCAGCUAUUUAUGGCUUAUAUUCUUCCUUUUAUCCAUUACUAAUUUACUUCUUUUUUGGUUCCUCCAAAUAUGUAUCAAUGGGUACUAUGGCUUUAAUAAGUAUUAUGUUAGGUUCAGUUGUUGAUAGAAAAAUCGAAGAUUCCGAUGUUUUUAUACGCUAUCAAGCAUCGAAUAAUUCGGCAACCUUAGAAAGUGAGUUAAAUUGUGCAAAAGUUCAAAUAGCAAUGGGUGUUACAUGCGUUGUCGGCAUUGUUCAAGUGGUACUAUGCCUUUUAAGAGGAGGAUUUAUAACAAAUUUCAUGUCGAAACCACUAAUUAGAGGCUUUACUACGGCUGCUGCAGUCCAUAUUAUAACUUCUCAAAUUAAAUCUUUUCUUGGAAUCGAAAUUAAAAGACAUGAUGGAUUAUUUAAGAUUCCAAUGACAUAUUAUGAGAUUUUCAAGAACAUUAAAAAAACAAAUCUUGCUGACUUUUUAAUAGGUUCAGCUUGUUUUUUUGUUCUUAUGUUUAUUAAACAAGUUAUCACUCCUCGAAUAAAGAAAAGAUUUAAGAAAUGCCCUCCUCUUCCAGCGGAGCUAAUUGUUAUGGCAGUUUGUACAGGAAUAAGUUACAAAAUCAAUUUUAAUUCGAAAUAUUCUGUAAGUAUAAUUGGAGACAUUCCAAAAGGAAUACCAAGACCUGAAGCACCUUCAUUAAGAAUCAUGAAAGAUAUUAUACCAGAUGCUGUUUUGAUAGCGUUAAUAAGUUUUAUAGUAUCUAUAUCUGUAGCAAAGCUCUUUUGUGAGAAGUCGUCCAGCAAAGUUGAUGCUAAUCAAGAGCUGUUUUCUUUGGGUUUAAUCCAUAUAAUUGGAUCAUUUUUCUUUAGUUUUGCAGGAGCAGCAGCACCGCCCAGAUCCAUGUUAAAUUUCUCUUAUGGUAGAUCACAAAUAAGUAGUUUAGUAUCAGCUGUUAUCGUACUUUUAACAAUGUUAUGGUUAUCUCCUUUAUUCGCUUCGUUAACCAAGAGCUGUCUGGCUGCCAUAGUUAUAGUGGCAAUCCUACCACUACUACUUCAGUUUAAAGAUAUCUAUGAUUGGUUUGAAUUAAGCAUGUUAGACUGUUUUAACUGGUUAAUAGCUUUUUUAACCUCAGUUUUCCUUAGUCUUCCUUACGGUCUAAUAAUAGGAAUUUCUAGUAGUACCUUAACAGUUCUGCUACAGCAUUUUAUGAGCUCCGUCAGCAACCUGACAAUAGCAAUUGGACCUGAUAUUCUUCUUGACACCAAAGUUAACUGUAUACAAAAAAGUUGUACAUCAAUGCGAAUCAUUCAAGUAAAUUCCCCAAUUUUAUUCAUUAACGCUGAAAAGAUACUAAAAGAAGUAAAGAGUGUAAUUUACGAUAUGGAAAAUUACGUAACGGAAAUGGAGAAAAAGUAUCUGAUUAUAAACAGUGCUGGAAUAACUAAUAUAGAUAUAUCAGGAAUUGGCUGCUUAAAGUCUAUCAGAGGAAUUUGUAAAGAUAGUAAAAUAGAAUUAUAUUUUUGCUGUAUAAAUCAAAAUAUCUUGUAUGCUGUUGAAAACAUUAUGGAUUUUAAGCAACUUUUAUAUCCUUCUUUACAGGACGCUAUCUCUCAAUGUGAAAGUUAUGAAAAGAGAUACGCAGAUGAUUUUAAUAGUAGUUACUUGUAG